AGAGAAUCCUAGCUAAGUCACAUUCUCUUACAAAUUUAUUAAUCACAAGGCUCCAUGCUGUGAAGCUUGAGUAUGUCUUGAUGAGGGAAUCUCUAGUUUGAUCAGGGAAGCAACUGUGUCUUGACGAGCUAGGGCAUGUGCGAUUGAUCAACACAUGUCUUGAGAUUGUCGCACAUCGAAGGCGGGCAAAGUAACUUAAAGUUGGCACGCGGUAAUGCAACUGCGAAGCAUUUGCCGAACGCCAUACCCGGCAGCUGAAACAUGUAACAUCGCAUCCACGACUAUUUUUUCAGAAGCUGUCCCUAACUCACCCGAAAGCGAAUCCGACAAUUUAAAGGACCCGAAAAACAGUAGAGGCGCAGAGAGUUAACAAUUGCCAUUCUCUUCUUGAGACGCUCUGUUUCCAAAACUCAGGAUCUCUCUCCAAGAUGGUUCUUCUAUUUCCCCCCUGGGAAUUGGAUCCCAACGGCUAGUUGCUCCACGGGUCAGUCGUCCACCGUUCGAUCUCGUUGUCGGUGAGGAAGCCCUUGGACCUGCUUGGAUCCAAAACCAAUGGUUCAAUCGCGACGACGAAUGGGUCGGGCCCGACCCGACACAGUAGCCGCGUGGCAGUUUGGACCGCCAUCGUGGGCCAUGCUGGGCCCCGCGCGCCGUGCCCGUGGCCCACGAGCGGGCUUGGCACGACCUCCUCCUUGACUGACGAAGCUGACUCUGGCCACUCUCCCACGAUUAACCGCCGCUAACCGCCACGUCCCCGCUCUCGCUUCCACGUUCGUCGGAAAGGGAAAAAAACCGAACCCGCUUAUAAAAAUCAUCCCUCCUCUCCUUUCGCUAUCGCUCCAAAAGGACGAAGCUCUGUGCGCGCGUUGCUCCUCUCGUUUGUCGUUCUUUCGCCCGGUUCGUGCUAGAGUCGUAUGAAAAUGGCGUUCUUUUGGGGGCUUUGUAACUGGGUCGUCGCUGUUUUCGCUGCUCUUGUUCUUGUUGGUGGAGCCUCCAUGAAGGCGAAGGUCGAAGCCGCGAGGGUCUUCAGAGUGGGUGACGGUGAAGGUUGGCACGAACCUACAGAACUCAACUCCUCGCUUUACUCUGACUGGGCUACGAGGAACAGGUUCCGUGUUGGAGAUUCUCUCAAUUUCGAGUACAAGAAUGACUCGGUUCUGGUGGUGGACAAAUGGAGCUACUACCACUGCAACACAAGCAACCCUAUCACGGCCUUCAACAACGGGAACAGCACAUUCACUCUCGACAAGCCCGGUUUCUUUUACUUCAUAAGCGGGGUGACCAAUCACUGCAAGAACGGCCAGCGCUUGAUCGUCGAUGUGAUGUCUCCUCACCGAAGCCCUCGCUACACUCCUCCUUCCAUCGCCAACCCUCCGCAGGCCGGCAUGGGCGGCCUCUCUCCAUAUGCUUCCCCACUCUCAAGUGCUUCCUCAGGAGCAGCAAAAGGGACCUCAUCAGUUGCGGUUGCGGUUCUUAUGAGUCCAUUGGCUGUGGCUUCUUUUGCAGCCAUGAUGCAUUUUUAUUAUUAGCGUCGGGAGGAUUUGGUGUUUAGGCGACUUAAGUAGUUGAUUAUUUUAUUUCCACCCGUCAUUUUGUCAUGGUUGUUUAAUUUUUAUUGCUCUAAUUUGUUGAAUUUGGUUGAUCUGUUGGGUAUUCAGGGUUAUGUUUGUUUGAUGAGCAUUUGUAUCUGAUUCUACAAAUUUGAGACAUAUUUGGAGGUUGCCGAC